CCCGCCCGCGCGCUCUGUAGAGCCGGCUCCUCCCGCGGGGGCUGCGCUGCCCGUCCGGCAUGGCCGAGGCCCAGCAGCUGCGCGUGCAGGAGGCCAUCGACGGCAUGGUGCAGGGCCUGGAGCGGGAGCACAUCCGCAAGAUGCAGGGCCUCAUGUUCCGCUGCAGCGCGACCUGCUGCGAAGACCAGCGGGCCUCCAUGCAGCAGGUGCACCGGUGCAUCGAGCGCUGCCACGCGCCGCUGGCCCAGGCGCACGCGCUGGUGACCGGGGAGCUGGAGCGGUUCCAGAACCGCCUCUCUCGCUGCACAAUGCACUGCAAUGACAAAGCAAAGGAUGCCUUGGACUCUGGGAGCAAAGAAUCGCAAGUAAAGCUGCAGCUGGAGAACUGCGUGAUGAAGUGCGUGGAUGACCACGUUCAUCUCAUUCCCAGCAUGACAAAGAAGAUGAAGGAGACCUUGACCGGCAUCGCUCAGUAGCCCUGCCCUUGCGCACAAACCCAGGUCCACCUAGGAAGGGUGCGGUAAACUUGAUGAAACUAGGAAACAAAAGUGGGAAUAAGUUGGGUGCUUUCUUAGGGUAGGGUGGCCUAAGAAGUACCCUGUCUUGUGGAAGAAAGGCUGCCAGUUGUCAGAAUGUGAAACGGGUGGUUGGGUUUUCCCUCGCUUAUGGAUACGUUCACAGGCCCAGGGAAUUUCCCUGCCUUGUUGUGGCCAGCUCUCCCUACCCUUGGGGUGAUAAUGGGGAGAGAUGAAAGGGUGCUUCAUUAGUCACCCUGAGGUUUGUUCGCCUGUUGUCUUAGCAGGGCAGAUUAACUUAGGCCAGUUAAAAUUAAUACCUCUGGUGCUCUAUAAAGACACAGAAUGGCUGUUUCUACAAUCCUGCUCAAAGAGAUGGUUUGUUCUGGGCUUUGUGAUGUAACUGAGUGAUAAGACACUAAACCUUUUGAAUUCUCCAAAGCUGCUGAGAGCUUCUAUUUGUGCUUUCAUCCAAAUCAGGCAGGUUUUUUUUGUUCAGACAGCAGAUAUGGAUGUGUGUGCCUUAAUACGUCCUGAGUAGGGGAAAAUGCACUCGUGGGUGUAUCCACAUCUGGGCCAGAUCUAAGCAGAAGUCUUGCCACUGGUACUGAUAUGACGAAGGAUUCAAACAGGAAAGGAGCCAUCGGAACCUGGAAAGCUGUGCUGCUUCAGUCUGCUGAGUGAGUCAGAAACGAACAUUUUAAGGAGUUUUAAAAAUGCAACAUCAAAAUGUAAACUUUCUAUCAAAAUAUGUGAGGUCUUUUUAGUCACUCCCCAAACAAAUGUUUAUUAAAUUCUUAAAAUCUUG